CAUUAAUCUAUCUAUCUAAACAAACUUUGUUUCAGAGUCUAUCUAUCUAUCCAUCUGACCAAACUUUACACUUUCUUCCCAACUUAACCACUUUCUAAUUUAAGGUCGCGCCUGUAUCUGUAUCUGUAUCUGUCAACUCACUCCCCACUUUCAUUCAAUGCUUCCCAUCUUAUGCUAACAAUCAAUCUCUCCGUAUUUCAUUUCCCUGCCAAUCUGCAACUUUGCUACGCUGUCGGAUCCAGAACUCAGAGCAGCUGGGCUAUUUUAAUUUAAGUGUAGCACUCCUAGGAAGUCUAUAACUGGAAAAAUGGAUCAGCAAGGGCAUGGACAGCCCCCGGGAAUGGGAGUGGGCAGCGCAGCUCAGAUGCAAUAUGGUGUGCCAGCCUAUCAAGCUAACCAGGUGAUUGGAUCCACUACUCCUGCAUCAGCCGGGACAAUCCAGUCCCCACAGGCAGCAGGUCUUUCAUCUUCUCCGGCUCAGUUUGCACAACAUCAACUUGCUUAUCAGCAAAUCCACCAGCAGCAGCAGCAACAAUUGCAGCAACAGCUCCAGAGUUUUUGGGCAAACCAGUACCAAGAAAUCGAGCAGGUAACUGAUUUUAAGAACCAUAGUUUACCAUUGGCUAGGAUCAAGAAGAUCAUGAAAGCAGAUGAGGAUGUUAGGAUGAUAUCAGCUGAAGCUCCAGUGAUAUUUGCCCGUGCCUGCGAGAUGUUCAUUCUCGAGUUAACACUAAGGUCUUGGAAUCACACUGAGGAGAACAAAAGGAGGACACUUCAAAAGAAUGACAUUGCGGCAGCCAUUACAAGAACUGAUAUAUUUGAUUUCUUGGUUGAUAUUGUUCCAAGGGAAGACUUAAAAGAUGAGGUUCUCGCUGCAACAAUCCCAAGAGGACCCCUUCCCGCAGGAGGUCCAGCCGAGGGCCUUCCAUACUAUUACAUGCCUCCACAGCAUGCUGCCCAGGUUGGUUCUUCAGGUAUGUACAUGGGUAAGCCUGUGGAUCAAGCCCUUUACGGCCAGCAGCCCCGUCCCUACAUGCCACCGCAGAUGUGGCCACAACCACCUCAACCUCCCGAAGAAUCUUAAGCAUAUAAGAUAUCUAUGCAACACUAGGCUGCAUGAGUGUAAUAACUAGCUUGUAUUAACAUAAUACUCUGUUCAAAAUUCUCAGCACCAUGUGAACCAACUCUACACUCACUGUUUUAUCAGUUACAACUAUGUAAUGAUUGUCUUCUGCUAA